CCUUCCAUUGUGGCUAAGCCACAUGUGGAACGAGGCCCUUCUCUCAGGGUGGUCAUGGAGGAGCUGAGCCCCAGACAACUGGCUGUAAAGCAGCUGAAGCAACGCUUCUUGAAGGCCCUACAGGCCAACAACACUGAAGAGGUCCUCCAGAUUCUCCACACCAACAAUCUAGACAUUGACACUGUGCUGGAGGUGGAGGACCCCAGCAUGGUUCUGGCCUCCUACAAACAAGGAUAUUGGCUGCCAGGCUACAAACUGGAGAGUUCCUGGGCAAUGGCUAUUCAUGUAUGUGUGAUGUACAAUGCUGUGGAGACAGCACUGGUGCUCCUUCAGAAAGGUGCAGCUGUCAACGGUAUGCCCAAUGGGAAGACACCAUUGCAUGUGGCCUGUGAGGUCUCGAACAGCGAUUGUGUGGCCUUGCUUUUAGCCCAUGGGGCAAAGAUCAGCAAACUGUCACUGAGCGGACACACACCACUGCACUACUGCAUCACCAGAGAGUCAGUGAACUGUGCCAAGCAGCUCAUCCUCAAAGGUGCGAAAGUCAACAUGCCCGGCCACAACAAUGAGGAGGACACACCGUUACACACUGCUGCCAGAUUUGGUGUCCCAGAGCUGGUGAGUCUCUAUCUGGCCCACGGAGCAGCUGUGGAUGCAGUCAAUUCGCUCCAGGAGACGCCCCUAAUGACUGCGGCCUUCUGGGGUUUUGAUGCCAAAGAGCAAAUCUACAGCCCAGAUCACCAUUUGGUCUGUCGCCUCCUGCUGGACCACAAAGCAGAUCCCAACCUCAAAGAAGAAGACUAUAAAACAGCUCUUCACAAGGCGGCCUGGAACUGUGAUCACGUCCUGAUGGAGAUGCUGCUUGAGGCUGGAGCAGAUACACGAGCCAUGGACAUCAAUGGCUGUGCUCCCAUUCAGUAUCUCCUCAAGGUGACUGGUGUGAGGCCUAUGGCUAUACCUGAGCUAUGCUAUCAGUUGCUGCUCAACUACAAUGCAGCACGAAUCUACCCACCCCAGUUCCACAAGGUGUUGCAGUCCUGUCAUGACUACCCAGGAGUAGUAGAAAUCAUGGUGAACUCUUACGAACAUUUAAAGCCAACAAAGAAGUGGAGAACUUCCAUUCCUGAUGACUGCUACAAGCGACAUAAAGAAUUCUAUGACUCUAUGUUUGGCGUUUGCACCAACACUCCCCGCAGCCUGCUUCACCUUGCCAGAUGUGCCAUCAGAGCCGGCCUGGGUGGCUUCUGUGAGAGAGGUGUAGCACAGCUGCCUCUGCCAUCUACCAUUAAGAAGUAUUUAUUACUGAACCCUGAGGGGAUACUGUACUAAUAGACUAACUUUUGUACAUCAAAUUCAACUAGCAUAUGGCAUGAUGCUUUAUGUCACUGGAUGAUUUCAACAGGAACAUUCACUACAUCUCUGCAGACUGUGGAAAUGGAAAAUGCUGCUAGCUGGAGCUGACACUAAGUGCUGUGCCUUUUUUUUAUUUUUUCCAUGCACACCACUCCCAGAGGCUUUGGUCUGGAGCGUACAGAGCAUAUUGGGGUGUAAGAAUAUCUUGAAUAAAUGUGUCACCAAAAGACAGAAAUCCCUCUUUAGUGUUUGACAGUAAAGAAGAAACUACAUGUAAGCGCCAUCUCUGCUGGAGUGGAACCCUAUUGCCAUGACUUAUUAUGAAACAGAUUUCCACUAUUACUGUUCAACCAUGCAGACAUUUGGGACACAGUGUCUCUCUACUACAGUGCUGCCUCAUACUUUAGAGGAUCCAAAUCUACCUGGCAACCAGCCUUAAUGCUUGAACUGCUCAUGCUCUCCUGAUACUAUUUGCAGAACAAACACUUGACAAGCCACUCCUCAACAAGUGAUUGUUUUUCCAGUGGACUGCGCAUGGACGACUUAACAACCUAAAACCAUACACAAGAGAGCAGAGGUCACUGUGAAAAGUGUGAUAGUUACUUAAUAUCCUCAUCAUGACUUUAAAUUUGAACUGCUUCCAUCCUGAGUUCCAUUCAAAGUGAACUUUCGCUAUAAAAUGGACUGUAGGUUCUCAACUAGAGGAAGAUCACUUUGAAAAGUCUCAAGAAGACCUUUAAUUCUCUCUGGAGCGUGUCCUGGUCCAUUCAUCCCAGUCACAACUGCGUGCUGUAAUGGUGUGAGUGUCUGUCUAUUUUAUCUAAGUGUUAAGUCCAAUUUAACAAGGGGAGAUUAUACCAGUGGACUAUAGAGGGAAGCACUCAUCAGGCUGAGACUGACUGGAGAGAAAAGGGGCUGCUGAGCUAUUAGUCUUUUUGUUGGAGGAGACACCAAAGCGGAGAAAAUGAACUGGCAGCUUGAGGAAACAUUAAGAAUAAGGCUGCUCAGCUUUCGAUAAUGAGGGCUGAAUUAGGAUGGGAAAAAGGAAAUGGAGCUUUUUUUCUUUAUCCCCAGUCCACAGAUGGAAAGAGUUACUAAAAAUGGAUGAAGUGUUACUAAAAAGUUCUGACUGAGACUGAGAGUUUUUGCAAGCAACAUUUCAAAUACUGGUUUAGAAAUGAUCUUUGGAUUUGUUGGUUUUAAAUAUUUCUAGUUUUCACAUUCUUUAAACAAUCACAGUAUAUGGUGAUCUGCAUUGAUCCAAAUAUGAAUACAUCACAUCUUUUUAUAAAUGAAUGAAACUCCACAUAGAUCAGUGACUUCAGCAUGUUACCACAGCUGUUUGUAACUGUGGUGUUGGUUUAAUCAUUAUGAACCUUCUGAUCCAUAGGUCACACACAUACAGUAAACAGGUGUGUCUGAGGGGUGUCAGAAUGGCUGAUGUUUAUACCUUAACCAAAUAUUUAGUUAUUGUAUAUAACAGUACAUGUAGGUUAUUAUUGGAGGGGACUGCUGGUAGAAAUAUUUUUCAAUUAACAAACACAUCUCCAUUUUAGUGGGAUGUUGUUGUGUCAGCAUGUCCAUAUUUGUAUGACUGCACAGUCUGUGGCACACACAGGGUGACAUAGUGAAUCAGUGAUUGUCAAAUUCAAGGCUGGUGGCCUUAAAUGAACUCUGUUAUGCUGUGCAGGUGUAACUGAAUGCACUAAUACCUAGAAGCUCACAGAUCCAGUGGUGCUGCAUCCUACUAGGUAAACACGUUAACUCAAAACAACUCAAGGGUGUGCUUUAGUUCCAAUUUCACAUUUAGUUAUUUUACAUUUGUGCAGAAUAAAUAAAUAGAUUACAAUUUUGUUUAGAAAAGUGUAUGUUUACUUUUAAGCUGAGAUUUUUUUAUGACAUGUUGAUAAAAGCCUACACCGCAGGUAUUUCAGAAAUCCAAGCUCCAAGCAUGUGCACCAGACAUUUGUUGAAAGGGAACAUUGAAUGACUGAAGGGUCAGACUGCACUCCCUGAACUCUUAAAAUAAACCAGUCAGGCAGAGAGAGAAUACACCAUUAAAUCACACAUUAUCAUGAUGGGAAAGACAGUUAGAUAAUUCUUAGUGAUUCUGACAUUGUUGUCUUUUUUUUACUUUUCAUUCCUUACCUUUGAGAAUGAGCUUGCAUGACGCUGUAUUUGUAAUGUUGCCAAGGCAAAGACAAACAGGAGGAGUAACAAAACCAGGACAGGCUGCGACAUGUGGGCAUGCUAAUGAAGGGGCAAAACAGGGCAGGACAGCCUGUUCUCUGCCCCUAUUGGCAGCCAGCCAUAAAAAGCCAUUGGACUGUAUCUGCUGCAUUGACAGACAAACAAAGCAAAUUUUCCUAAAACAAGCUGUGGUGGGAGGGGAGAGAGUCAGGAGGACAAUAAGGGUGGCAACAACUU